GAACCGCUGAGCCCACCGCCUCUGCACCAAUCACAGCCUGCCUUUUCUUACGAGCACAUGCAUGCACGAUCGCACAAACUCUGACAUACAUACACACACACACACACACACACACACUCACGCACUCAAGGCGACACAUCGCUCCGGUUCUCCGCUGCCUUCACAUGCGUCCGCACCGACUCCGCGUUGCGCUGGCUGCGCCAAGAUGAGCGUCGUCGCCCCGGUACCAUCUGAACGGUACCAUCCCGUCGCCUGACUGAGUCAAAGUCAGAGAGAGAGACAGAGAGAGACAGAGAGAGAGACACAGAGAGAGUGAGAGAGACCAUCUUUUCUCCCUCAAAACCCAUCUUACCUUCGCCUUAAAUAGACCGCAGCGCCAGCUUGUUUCGGCAUCUUUCUUUUUCACCCCUCCUCCUCCUCCUCCUCCUCCUCCUCCUGUUCUUUCUGCAUCCCUUCGUGAUUGUCGGUCUCCCGGUUUAAAGGAGAAACCGGAGAGCCCCAUCGUAAUUUUGUGGAAAUACAUUUUUGUAUUUUUUCCCUGCUGGGUGUUGGUAGCGCGCAGUUGGUGCGCGCUUCUGCAAAUUCCGGUGAAUGGUGGAUUUGGCAAACAUGGAGACCGUGGAGAAGGAAUGCGGGGCCCUCGGGGGUCUGUUCCAGGCGAUUGUCAACGACAUGAAGUGCUCCUAUCCUGUGUGGGAGGACUUCAGUGCCAAGGCCACCAAGCUGCAUUCCCAGCUCCGAACCACUGUCCUGGCUGCUGUGGCCUUCCUCGAUGCCUUUCAGAAGGUGGCAGACAUGGCUACUAACACCAGAGGGGCAACUAGAGAUAUCGGUUCAGCUCUGACCAGGAUGUGUAUGAGACAUCGCAGCAUUGAGGCCAAACUUCGCCAGUUCACCAAUGCUUUGAUGGAGAGUCUGAUCACUCCUCUCCAGGACAAGAUUGAAGACUGGAAGAAGACAGCCAACCAGCUGGAUAAGGAUCAUGCCAAAGAGUACAAGAGGUCACGCCAUGAGAUCAAGAAGAAGUCAUCUGACACCAUGAAGCUGCAGAAGAAGGCUCGUAAAGAGAUCCAGGGACGAGGGGACCUGCAGCCCCAGCUGGACAGCGCCAUGCAGGAUGUGACCGACAUGUGCCUGUUGAUGGAGGAGACAGAGAAGCAGGCAGUGCGCCGUGCCCUGGUGGAGGAGAGAGGUCGCUUCUGCACCUUCAUUAGUUUCCUUCAGCCAGUUGUGAAUGGGGAGCUUGCCAUGCUGGGUGAGAUCACCCACCUCCAGGCCAUCAUUGAUGACCUCACUGUGCUGACAACUGAUCCUCACAAACUGCCCCCUGCUAGUGAACAGGUGAUUAAGGAUCUGAAGGGCUCAGAUUACAGCUGGUCCUAUCAGACCCCUCCAUCAUCCCCCAGCAGCUCUGGCUCUCGUAAGAGCAGCAUGUGCAGCAGUGUGAACAGCGCCCACAGUAGUGCCUCCCGUUCAUCAGGGGGAGGUGGUAGUAUUGGUAUUGGUGUCGGCGGUGGAGGCUCGCAGCCUCACUCACCCACCUCCUCCUCCUAUCACUACCGCAGCAGCCUGCCGCACCAGCCUCCACCACCGGGGGGCAUCGCUGCCCACCGCCUCAGCAGCGUCUCGUCCCACGAUUCAGGCUUCGUGUCCCAGGAUGCUAACAUCUACUCCAAGCCUCCCUCACCUAUGCCCUCAGACAUCACAAGUCAGAAAUCAUCCAGCUCAGCAUCAUCAGAGGCCUCAGAAACAUGCCAGUCAGUCAGUGAAUGCAGUUCUCCCACCACUUUUGGCUCGUCCUUCGCUACCUUCCGCCCCGCUCUUUCUCACUCUGGCUCCACCAGGCCUCUCUCUGUCAUUCUUCCUGUACCUGCGUCCCCACCCUAUAAACGCCCCUCUGGAUCCAGCUCCUCCUCUCCCACAUCAAAGGUUCCUAUGUGGAAGGAUUGGUCUAAAGCAGGUCAGUAUGAGCAGCCUGUCGCUGCAGCGGCAGUCCAAAGGAGAAAGGAACCUCUUGACAGGCUGAGGGAGGGCGAAGCGUCGCCAGGCUCCCAAGGCUAUGCUGGGCCAUCACACCUUGAUGAUGGCCAGAGAAACAGGAUGACACCGGCUACUAUCGCUGCCAAGCAUGGAGAGGAGGUCUCCCCAGCAGCCAGUGACCUGGCCAUGGUCCUGACCAGGGGACUGAGCAUGGAGCAGCAGAAAAGCAGCAGAGACUCCCUGCAGUACUCCAGUGGAUAUAGCACAGAGACCACAACCCCGUCCUGCUCUGAGGACACAAUUCCUUCACAAGGUUCAGAUUAUGACUGCUACUCAGUGAAUGGUGAUGCUGAAGGUCCAGAUGGACAGACAGAGUUUGACAAGUCCUCCACAAUUCCUCGCCACUCUAACAUCGCCCAGAACUACAGGCGUAUGAUCCAGACCAAGAGGCCAGCCAGCACAGCCGGACUGCCCAGUGGGGUUCUUGGUCCAGGGGCUCAUGGGAUACCAGGACAACCUGGCGGAUCUGGUGGGGGUGGAUCAGGGACACCAGGCACUGCCACCAUCCGCCGGACGCCAUCUACAAAACCAGGAGUAAGACGCACAUUGUCCAAUGCAGGGCCCAUCCCCAUCCGACCACCCAUUGUGCCUGUGAAGACACCCACUGUUCCUGGAGACUCCCACUCUCCUGGGUAUGCAGGUGGAGGACAUGGAGGGGGUGUGCCUGUCCGCGUGGGCAGCGAGGAAUGCGUGUUCUUUGCUGGAGUUGAGGAUGCACAGGGAGCGCUUGAUUUUGUGAAGGCAUCACCAAAGCGCCUCAGUCUGCCUAACACCGCCUGGGGAUCGGGGGCUGCAUUGGAGGUCUAUGCCCAGCAGCACGGGGGCCUUGCAAUGGGAACAGGCCCAGGAGCCGGAUCAGAAGAGGAUCAGAUGAUCGCGGCCAAUCGGCACAGUCUAGUGGAGAAAAUAGGCGAGUUAGUAGCCAGUGCACACGCCCUGGGAGAGGGGCAAUUUCCUUUCCCUGCCCUCCCAGAUGACCCAGCCCCGCCACCGACUGGCCCCACUGAGUCUCAGACAGGGACAGAGGGGGCAGAGGGGUCUGGUGACAUGCUGACCACCAUCAGGAGAGGAGUCCGCCUCCGCAAAACUGUCUCAAAUGACCGUUCAGCUCCACGCAUAUUGUGAAUGGGGGAAAAGCAGAAAGAGGAUGAUGCUUGUCAACCAAUAGGGAGUCAGGUGUUGGUGUGGUGCAACCCAACCACCUAGUACAUACACAAAAACUUAACCAUGUAGGGAAAGCUAUAACAUAACAGAAGAUGAAUGAAAACAAAAACAUACACAAAAAAGAUGUUUAAAGACACCAUUAGAGUAAAUGAUAUAUAAUAUAAUGAUAAUAAUAACAUUAAUAAUGUUAACCCAUGCUGACAAUAAAAAGUUAAAUACUGAAUAUUGAGAGGCUCCUAGCAGGCCACUAUAACUAGUGUGUGUUGGACGCAUGUUUGUCUUCUAUACACCCUCACCCAGGGAUGGAAAGACUUGUGGGAAAAACAGAUAAUAUAAAAAAAGAGGCAAAGAAAGAGAGAAACACUGGGUUCUGUUCUGUUUGCCAACUUACACCCUUCCCUAUCCUCUUCUCCAACUCACUCGACUGUCUGAUCCCAGAUGAAAGACUGAUGACCGAAGGAGGGGCUGGUGGGGGCAAGAGAGAGAGGGGGGCCAGAAUGCCAUGUGACCAGCUGGAUUUGAACCCAGGCUGUCUCAGCAGCAACACACUGUACUUAUUAGCCCACUGAACUGAAGCUUUGGUAUUAGCACGGGGAGCUAACAAGCCAGAGGGCAUCUCUGGUUCAUCCUCAUGUAAAAGAGUCUUGAAAAAAAAGUACUGUUGGCAUUGAGCCGUGCUAGUGUCUCCUUCCCCUCUCUCUCUCUCUCUCUCUCUCUGCAUAGCGUGUGCGUGCAUUCAUGUGUAUGCAUGUGGGCAAAUGUAAAAUGUGAGCGUGUGGGUACAUGUGAUGGAUUGUGUGUAUGUGUGCGAGGGGGGUGGGUAGAGCUCUGCUGCAGGACAGCUGGUUACCCAAUGAGGGCAGGGCUUUUCUGCUGUGUGUUGUGUGUGUAUUUUCUUGUUUAUAUUGUGACGUCAUUUACCUUGUUACCACUGUACGAGAAGUUACGAGACGUAAUCCAGGCGUAUAGAUAUAUUCAUAUAUAUUUUCUAGAACCAGAGAGAAAAUGUAAAAUCAGAAAUGGAGCAAUAAAUGUGUUUUAUUUUCUUGUUUCGAAGGAGCGGAUUGAUGGAGGAUUAUAGGUUCUCCCUUGUUUCAUUCAGGCAAUCAUCAGGAAUGCUAAAUUACACAUUGACUGUGAAUUCAUGCCUAGCCGGUUUCGGCGUGUGUCUCUCUCUGUCCCUGUCUCUUUCUGGUGAAUGGAUUACAAAAAUUUAAAAAAUAAAAAGGAAAACUGUAA